AUGGUGAAAAUAGCCGAAUUCAACGUCGAACGGUGGAUGGACCUGUAUGAGAACGAUGCCCAGCACAACCUUGCGGAGACAUGCUGCGCCUCCAUCUCGUUAAAUGAUCUCCUUCAAUUUUCCGAGUCAGCAACAGCAUCGACUCAGCUCCUCGAUCUAUCGCGCAAACAGACCUACGGUGCCAUCCGUGGAUCCGUCGCGCUAAGAUCUAACAUCGCGAAGCUCUAUCACUCUGCUGCCAGUAACAGUAGUCAAGCGCAGGAGAAGCAGCAUUCCGCGGAAAUUACUGCGGAGCAGGUCCUCGUUACCAAUGGCGCCAUCCACGCGAACUUCCUCGCCCUGUACACGAACGUCGGGCCGGGGGAUCAUGUUAUCUGCCACUACCCGACGUAUCAGCAACUGUACUCUGUGCCCGAAUCGCUGGGUGCAGAAGUGAGCUUGUGGCGGUCUUCCGCGGAGAACGGGUGGGCGUUGGACUUGGAGGAGCUGAGGGGCUUGAUUCGGCCGAAUACGAAGGUUAUUAUCUUGAAUAAUCCGCAAAACCCCACAGGCGCCGUACUUUACCGCGAAUUCUUGAGCGGUGUUGUCGAGAUUGCCCAGGAGCAUAACCUCAUUGUGCAUUGUGAUGAAGUCUAUCGUCCGCUCUUCCACUCUCUGAAGGAUGAAAAGACCUCCCCACCAUCAAUUCUGGAGUUUGAGUAUGAGAAUCUCGUCUCAACUGGGUCUAUGAGCAAAGCAUUUAGUCUUGCGGGUUUGCGCGUGGGAUGGAUUGCAUCCCGGAGUCAACGUAUUAUUGAGGCGUGUGCCUCGAGUCGUGAUUAUACGCUUAUCUCGGUGAGUCAGGUCGAUGAUGAGCUUGCGACGCGCGCGUUAAGUGCUCCAUGUGUGGGGAAUCUGCUGUCUCGCAACAUGAAGCUCGCGAGUGCAAACUUGGAUACUCUUGAGGUAUUCUUGAAUGAGUUUGAUUGGGCGGUACAGUGGGUGAGGCCGCAGGCGGGUACAACGGCGUUUGUCAAAUUUGUUGAUCGACAAGGAAGGCCUGUUGAUGAUGUGGUGCUAUGUGAGCGGCUUUUAGAGAAGACGGGCGUUAUGUUGGUGCCGGGAAGUAGGUGUUUUGGAGAAGGGGUGAAUUUCCAAGGCUUUGUACGCGUGGGGUAUGUGCCGGAGAAGGAGGUUUUGGAGCGUGGGUUGGCGGCUUGGAGGGUGUUUAUGCGGGAGGAGUAUGAGCAAUUGCCCGUU